CAUUUAGUUAAACCCUAAUGUUUAAACAGGAUGUAACACGAUAUAGAAAUAAUGUUAAAUAAAGUUGAUUAUCGAAAAAUAAGGUAAAUAGAAUUAUUGCGAAUAUUGAACUUUCAACUACAUUUGUAUUAAAUCUUUUUAUAUGCACUAGUAUGCUUUAAACGUACAUUGCCCCUUUCUGUUUACAUUUUUUAGUAGCAAAUCAAUGAGAGGUAACGAUAUGCGGGUCACAGUUAUUAGUAAAGCUCCACGAAGUUAAGUUAUUCAUGACCUAUAAUAAUAAAAAUCUUAACACAUGAAUUACGAGUAUCGUAUCAUUGAAAAAAAAUGUGUUUAGCAGACGACUUGGAGUAAGAAUAACACGGAUUGCUACAGAAUAAGUGAGUGAAAAAAUAUGGAGGAUAAAAAGAAUGUCUUCAUUGUGUAUGCACAUCAGGAACCAAAAUCUUUUAACGGGGCUUUUAAAGACAAGGCGGUGCAGGUUCUUAAAGAUCAAGGUCAUACUGUUACCGUCUCGGACCUUUAUGCAAUGAGAUUUGACCCGACAGCGUCCAAACAUACCUUUAAAGAGCGCAAAAAUAACGAAGAAUUCAAUUUUCAACAAGAGCUUUCUCACGCAGCCGAAAAAGGAACGCUCGCAGACGACAUAAAAGCUGAAAUUGACAAGAUAUUAGCCGCCGAUCUUAUUAUAAUACAGUUUCCUUUGUACUGGCUCGGAAUGCCAGCUAUUUUAAAAGGAUGGUUUGACCGCUGUUUAGCUGAAAAAGUUGCUUUUGAUACAAUGAGGUCGAAAUGGUUUGAUAACGGACCUUUUGCGAGUAAGAAAAUAGUGCUGUCAUUCACAACAGGUGGAACAGAAGACUUUUUUUCUAACACCGGGAUAUUCGGCGACAUGGAUGUUAUUCUAUGGCCUCUCCAGAACAUGUUGCGGUUUACUGGUUUCCAGGUUUUAGCGCCACAAAUUUCAUACGGGCCAGGAGACGUUUCCGAGAACCAGCGCACGUGCAUGUUGCAGACAUGGAAUGAUCGGCUCCAGACAAUAUGGGACGAGGAACCUCUGUCGUUUAUCAAUGUGAAAAACUUUGAUCCAGAAAAAGGAUUUACUUUAACUGAAAGAUAUAUUUCAUCGCUUAAAGAUGGGGAAUCGGGGCCUACCCCAGGUCAAAAUCUAGGACGCAGUUUUCUUCAGGGAAGCAUGACGACGAUCCCUAAUAUAUCGAAAAGCCAUUCCAAGUGAUGAUGACAAGCCCGUACAUUAGUUGAUUCAUAGUUAAGAAAGAAAACUUAUAGUCGGAUACCUUAUUUUUUAUUGAAGGUGUUGUAUUAAACAGUGUGAAGCGAGACUCUUAAUGAGCCGAUCACCUUACGAGCUUCAUUUGAGCCUCGUCAUGACAAAACCAACAUAAUGGGUUUGCGACCAGCAUGGAUCCAGACCAGCCUGAGCAUCCGCGCAGUCUGAUCAGGGUCCAUGAUGUUCGCUACAAGUUUCUUUACUUGUUAUAGGGUCUGUAAGCGAACAGCGUGGAUCCUGAUCAAACUGCUGGUCGCAAACAAAUUAUGUUGGUUUUGUCAUGAGGCGGCUCAUUUGAUUUUAUCAAACGUGUUCAAUUUAAUCUUCAAGAAUUGAAUGUUACAUUUAUCAGACAUUCUUAUUUAAGAGAGGAGGGACUCAUGUGUUUUACCUCUUUACGACGUCAUUCGUGGCUAUGAAAAAUAGACUCGAGUAUGCGCAAAUUGCGUAGGGCAAAAGAGCGUAGCCCUACAUAGAAAUGUAGUAGAAGUUUAUAGAUAAUUCUGAGUUAGUUUAAGGUAAAUUUGCAAAUGUGUUAUUAUGUUCAUUUUCAUAAUUACAUGUAUAACACGUGCCAUACAGACUGUUCACAGUUAAUAUGUGAUAUAGAUUAUUUUAUGAAGAAACUUA